AUGUACCGGGCCCGGGCGGCACGGGCGGGGCCGGAGCCCGGCAGCCCGGGGCGCUUUGGGAUCCUCAGUACCGGACAGCUCCGGGACCUGCUGCAAGAUGAACCGAAGCUGGACCGGAUCGUGCGGCUCAGCAGGAAGUUCCAGGGUCUGCAGCUGGAACGAGAGGCGUGCCUGGCCUCCAACUAUGCUCUGGCCAAGGAGAACCUGGCCUUGCGGCCCCGCCUGGAGAUGGGCCGGACUGCCCUGGCUAUCAAGUACCAAGAGCUUCGAGAGGUGGCCGAGAACUGCGCUGACAAGCUGCAGCGACUGGAGGACAGCAUGCAUCGUUGGAGCCCUCACUGCGCGCUGGGCUGGCUGCAGGCCGAGCUGGAAGAGGCCGAGCAGGAGGCCGAGGGUCAGAUGGAGCAGCUGCUGCUAGGCGAGCAGAGCCUGGAGGCCUUCCUGCCCGCCUUCCAGCGGGGCCGGGCACUGGCCCACUUGAGGCGGACCCAGGCCGAGAAGUUGCAGGAGCUACUGAGGCGUCGGGAGCGCUCUGGCCAGCCGGCCCCCACUGCUGCUGCUGCUGCUGCUGCUGCUGCUGCUGCGGAGCCCCCCAAACCCUUCCCUGCUGCAGCCGUCCUGCCCACUGGGGCCGCCCGGGGACCACCACCAUCAGUACCCCGGAGCCUGCCCCCUUUGGACUCCCGCCCAGUGCCCCCGUUAAAGGGCUCCCCCGGGUGCCCCCUCGGCCCAGCCCCUCUGCUGAGCCCACGGCCCUCGCAGCCCGAACCCCCCCAUCGGUAGGAACCAGGGUGCGGCCCCCCAGAAGGGGGCCCAGACAAACUUGAUUCGUGGCUCCUCCUCCUCCCCCACGGCCUGGGUGGGGGGAGGGGCAGGCCCCUCUCCCCCCCUGGCCUCAGGCAGGCCACCGGCCCUGGAGGCUGAGCUGGGGACGAGGGGCUCCCCGAAGAGGCCCCCCAUUAGGCUGGGGGUGGGGUGGGCAGGAUACUGGGCCUCAGUGGCCCAGGAAACUCUUGCCUUUUUGUUUUUGUUUUUGUUUUCUCUCCCCUGCUGGGGCCUCUAGCGUGCUGGGCCAGCUCCCCAAAUGAAAGGACUUUACUUAUAUAUGGGGGCCUGGGAUGUUGGCCGCUUCCCUGAGUGUGUGUGGGGGGGUCCUGCCUGGGGACCCUGUAGCACCCUGACACUUCACUGGGCUCACGCGAACACCAUCAAUUUCGGUGAGCUUACCCUCUCCCAGUUCUAGGGCCCACCGCCUAGGAGCCAGGUGGUCAAGCCCCAGCUGCGGGGUCAGGGACACCCCCAGGGCAUUGCAACUGUCUCUGGGGCAAGGUAGGCCAGGGGCAUCCGCCCUGCACAGGUGAUUGUGGGCCAUCCCCAGGAAAGACCAUUCUGUAUUUUUCUGUCCCUGUCUCCUUAGAAUGGAACCUUUUUGAGGGCAGGUCCUUGUCUUUGUACGUUCUGUCCCCAGCCCCGCCUCCUAGGGGCCGUCAAUAAAUGUGAUGAUGAAUGACGAGGA